GGGGGAGGGGAUAAGCAUGAAAGAACUGUAGAGGUAAAGAAGCAGAAAGUUGAAAGGAGAGAGGCAGAGAGGGACCUGGGAUAGGGAGAGGGAAUUACCAGAAAUUGGAGAAUUUAAUGUUCAUACCACCAGGCUGGAGGCUACCCAGAUGGUAGAUUAGGUGUUGCUUCUCCAACCUGAGUUUGGCCUCAUCAUGGCAGUAGAGGAUUCCAUGUUUGGACAUAUCUAGAUGCGAAUGAGAGGCAGAGUUGAAGUGAGUGGCAACUGGGAGGGUCAUUCCUAUGAAAAGUCCUUAGCAAGUCAGAUUAAGGUGAAUCCCAAGGCAGUACUUUGCUUCAGUAUUUACCAAGGAAAAAGAUAUGGAGGACCAGGAGAUCAGUGCUGAAUGUAUAAAUGUGUUAGGGCAUUUAGAGGUCAAGGAGGAAGAAGUGUUGGGCUUCCUAUUGAGUAUUAAGGUGGAUAGUCCCCAGAAGCUGAUGGGAUUUGCUCCCAGUUAUUAAAGUCAUACCCUUUCACUGUAGGCAUGUAAUGAGUUAGCAAACUAACAGUAACAUAACCUUACAAUGCAUGGGGAUUAACAAUGAAAUGACCAUCACCAGUAAAUAAACACGUCAUAGGGUAACUACAGUUUGGGUAAGGGAAAGUAGGACUGUUACUUGUAUGAAUACUGAUACCCCAAGCAAAUUUACUGUUUGCCAAGAAGCAAUAAUUAAACUCUACCAGUCUUAACUUUGAUUAAAAUUGUAUUGACAAAAUAUUCUAAACUAUCACAAACAAAAUAAAGAAAAGGGCCCAUUACACGUGUAGUGAUUAGCCCAUAGUGUGUUGGAGCUCAUUGCUACGUAAUCAAUCUGGUUUACUUCACUUCUUUUACUUGUGGUAUUGAACAAUUCUGUCUGAAAACACAGUCCAAGUGAAACAUCAAUAAAUAUCCAUGCCAAGGACAAGGUGUCAAACAUUCUCCAAGGUCAUGUGAUAACCAGCUAAUUAAAAGUUAUGUGUAUGUUCUCAGAGACCAUAGACUGCAUGAGGAUUUUACAACAGCGGUAUCAGACCUUCCAAAGGUGUUCUGUGAGCAUUUCACCAUGUUCUUCACUCAUGUUUGUCGUCCAUUUCCAUUCUUUCAUCUCUCUCCUCUCUUCUUUUAGCUCUCUAGAAAAUGGCUACCCACAAUCCCUCUAGAAUGUUGCGGGCCAUUUUAUUGGCCAAAUGUUAGUGAUUGGUUAAAUAUUAACAAGAUCUUAUUGGCUAAUUCAACAAGCCUAACUUAUCAAUCAACUUAAUUACUUGAUUUUAUAAUUAAAGGAAUGCAUUUUGAGAAAAUCUGUAGAAAUUGAGUACUCAACAGCAUAACUGAAUUAAUAUAAUAAAGCAUUGUCUUAAAAUGAGUAUUACGGAAAGAGCCAAGAGGGGAGAUUGCUGGGCCCUUCCUUUCUAUCCACAGGCGAGGUCCCGGAGGACUGGUGCGUGGCUAAUAAGGAGGGAUCAAGGGAAAAUACUGGAAACUAUAUGCAAGUCUCCGGGACCAUGCCACAAUCAAGUUAUUCUUGAAAGAUCAUGACCAAUGCAUCCAUUAUCUCUUCAGCAAUCUCUCUCAGUACUCUGGGAUAUAGUCCAUCUGGUCCAGGCCGUAGGAUGGUCAGCCGGAGCUGAAGAGGUUGGAACGUGGAGUCAGAGAGGGAGAUAGAGACUGAGAAAAAUCUCUCGGAGGGCCACUCCGUCUCAACCUGCUCGUACCUGCCCGCCGAUCUCUUGCGCCGGAUCCUGAACUGCCAGCCAUUUGGCUCCUGGCUGGCUCGCCAAAUUGUUCAACUGAAAUUAUUAGCCUGCUCAGUUGAGGAAAAACACGAGAGACAAGAAAUUACCUCUGAAGUGGUUUUUAUUCAGAGAGGAGUUCGCAGCCCCACGCACUUCGGGCGUAAGGAGAUGAAGAAGUGUCUCAUCCCAGCUGGAAAUGUGCUUUGUGUCUGAAAUGAAGUUUUCGGUUUGAACUCAGUGAGUCCACUGGAACCGGGGUGCUGAGAACACACCAGCACUUGUUGAUCUGUUUGCGGGAAGAGAUGCAUUCUGUCAUCCAAGCUGAUGAUACGACAGCAAAUUUGCAGCAGUAACAAGCCGUUCACUUGCUCCGUCUAUUUUGGAAGAGAUUCACUCUCUCAGCCAAACUGAAGGCACAUCAGUGAGUUCUUCAGGAAUAGAGACUGUUCAGCUGUUUCAUGUGUGGGAAAACAUUUCCUCCGUAAUCUGAUCUGUUGACGCAUGAGCAAGCUUUCAAUGUAGGGAGGUUGUUCAACAGUUCAGACUGUGGGAAGUGAUUCACACUCAUCCCAUCCACAGACACACCAGUGAGUGCAUACAACAGAGUACACCAGCUCAGACUGUGGGAUUCACUCUGUUAUCUUUAUAGACACUCCAGCUUGUUCAUACUGGGGAGAUGCCAUUUUCCUGCUCAGACUGUGGGAAGGGAUUCAAUCAAUCAUCUCAAUUAAAGGUACAUCAACGAGUUCACACUGGGGAAAGGCCAUUCAUCUGCACAGACUGUGGGAAGGGAUUCAAUCGAUCAUCUCAAUUGAAGGCGCAUCAGAGAGUUCACAGUGGGGAGAAGCCAUUCACCUGCUCAGACUGUGGGAAGCGAUUCACUGAGUUAUCUAACCUACAGGCACACCAGCGAGUUCACACUGGGGAGAAACCAUUCACAUGUCCACAUUGUGGGAAGGGAUUCACUCACUCAUCUCACCUGAAGGAACAUCAGCGAGUUCACACCGGGGAGAGACCGUUCACCUGCUCUGAAUGUGGAAAGGGAUUCACUCAGUCAUCUCAAUUGAAGGUACAUCAGCGAGUUCACACUGGGGAGAGACCAUUUACCUGUUCAGAGUGUGGGAAGGGAUUCACACAGUUAUCUAAUUUACUAAGGCACCUGCGAAUUCACACUGGGGAGAAACCAUUCACCUGCUCUGAAUGUGGGAAGGGAUUCAGUCGAUCAUGCAAUCUUGUGGCACACUAUCAAGUUCAUACUGCAGAGAGGCCGUUCACCUGCUCUGAAUGUGGGAAGGGAUUCAAUCAUUCAUCUCAAUUGAAGGUACAUCAACGAGUUCACACUGGGGAGAGGCCGUUCACAUGUUCAGAAUGUGGGAAGGAAUUCACCCGAUCAUCUGACCUGAAGGAACACCUGCGAGUUCACACUGGAGAGAGGCCGUUCACCUGCUCUGAAUGUGGGAAGGGAUUUUCUCAGUCAAGCAACCUUGUGGCACACUAUCAAGUUCACACUAUGGAGAGGCCAUUCACCUGCUCAGACUGUGGGAAAGGAUUCACUCAUUCAUCUCAACUAAAGGUACAUCAGCGAGUUCACACUGGGGAGAGACCGUUCAUCUGCUCUGAAUGUGGGAAAGGAUUUACUCAUUCAUCGCAAUUGAAGGUACAUCAGCGAGUUCACACUGGGGAGAGACCAUUCACGUGCUCAGAUUGCAGGAAGGGAUUCACUCAGUUAUCAAACCUACUGGCACACCAGCGAGUUCACACUGAGGAGAGAUGGUUUAUAUGUUCAGACUGCAAGAGGAGAUUCACCCAGUUAUCUGAACUGAAGAUACAUCAGCGAGUUCACACUGGACAGUAGCCAUUUGUCUGCUCAGAGGGUGGGAAGGGAUUCAGUGACUCACCUCACCUGAAGGAACAGCCAGCAAGUCACAAUGGGGAGAGGCUGCUCACCUACUCUGAAUGUGGAAAGGGAUUCCAUCGUUGAUCCAACUUCAGAAACUCUGGGGAAAAGUUUAAAUAAACCGUAUGCUGGAUAUUUAACCAUCGCAGUUACUGAAUCCAGCAGCAAAUUCAAAAAUGACUGUUGGUAUCAAACUCCGAAAUUAUUGCUGCUGCUCAUCACACCCAGUUCUGCACCCCAGUCACUGGGCAGAGAGGAGUUUUUUCUGCUAUUCACAUUUUAUGGGACUGGUGUUUAAUAUUCUGAAUCUGUGACAAAUAAAUCUGUUCU